AGAAUUCAUUUAAACUUACUUUUCAAUGGGCUUUAAGUAGGCUACUAGAUUUGACAAAAUUAUCCAUCACGAGAUCAUUGAAUAGUUCCAAAAAUUGUCUUUGUUUAAACGUGACAUUUUCACAAGCGCUUCGUGAUUCCCCACUCUAUAGAGAUACUUCAUUCUUCAGUUUACCCAAUCGAACGAAUGCUAUAAAUAGAAAUAUCGACUUUCAGUCCGUACAUUACUGUACCACCAACGUAAAGGGGACAACCCCGAAAAUAGAUAAACCAUUCCAAGUAUACGUGAAAGUUUUGGAAGUCCGUCUGGUAGCACUAUGGCGUUUAAAAGAGUUUUGUUUCUUAUAUGUGCCAUCACCCUGACAUCAGCAGCCCCUGCAAACCGAGAGCAACCUAAGAGAGCAGAAUACGAUUAUGAGUAUGAAAAUUCAGCACAAGUCCAGCAACCCGCUGAGUCAAACCACUACGAUGCCUAUUUACAAGAAGUUAAAGCGGCCGCUGGUGAUUCAAGCAAAAAGGGCUUCAGCCGAGGCUCUGGCUUAAGAACAAUCGCUGUUGGCUCCGCUAAUCAAGCGAAAACUGCGCUGGGAAAUCAGCAAGCCGCUGCAUACCAAGCUGCGUAUGUUGCUAAGAAUACACUAGCUCAAUCAGCUUCACAAUCCAGUGCAACGGCCCAAGCAGCGCUUGCGGGAAAACAAGUGAUCCUCGCAGGGCUGGAACAGCAAGUGAGAGACGCGAAGGUUGGGCUGCAAGGAGAAGAAAUGCAGCUGCAGCAGGCGAAGAGAUCAGCACAAUCGGCAGCGCAGGCGGCACAACAAGCUAUGCAUCAGGUAAACGUGAUCCAAGCGGCUCUGAACGCUGCGCAAGCGACGUCGGAGAACGCGAACGAAGCCGCGUCACAGGCAGCGGGCGAACUCGGAGCUCAAACUGCCAUGGUGGGGGCUGCGAGACAAAGACUGCAAACUCUGCAGGAACAACUCAAGGGUGUCAGGAUUGACUUCGAGGCUACUCAGGCCGCUGCUAGGAAAGCACAGGCUGCAGCACAGCAAGCUCAAGCGAACGCAGCAGAAGCUGCAGCUAAGGCGGCAGCAGCAGGCCUCGGGCAGAAAGACUCCUCACAUGAAGAGGCAACCCCAUGGACGUCACAGGAAGAAAAACUGCCGUCUAAGCCUCGAAACCAACAACAGUCUUUAGAAUUGACCAUUUCCCCUGACUCGAGGCUAUUAAAACCUAAGUCAGACCUUCAGUUUUAUCUUUUACGACAAAAACCUCAUGUGCAUAUUAAAAAUAAUCAAUUUCAAUUUUCCAAUUUCAAUAAUCAACAGUUAGUUGGAACGCCAAGCUUUUUUCAAUGGCAAUGAGAACCUGCGCAGGAACAACCCGAACAAGAAGAGGAAGAAGACUGUGAAGAAUAAAUUCCUGAAUUAAUUUUAUGUAAAAUUGAGUUUUUAUAUAGGCAAAUUUAUUAUAGAAAGAAGCCAUAAUUUAAUGAUGUUAUUAAGAUUUUAGUAUUUUCGGUACAACCUGCGUAGCCUGAAUUUUUUAAGUGUGGUAUUGUUGAAUACAAAAUAAUGUUAUCUAAUUUAAGGAUUAGUACAAUAAAUUUUGUUAUUAUU